CAGUUCACGUUAUAGUAGUCGAGUGAACACUUGUGAGGAAUACAUGAAGUACCAACUCCGUGAAUCGCCAGUGCCGCUGUACAUCCAAUAUCGACGUUUAUCACAGUUUCCACAGGAUGGAGUUACAACAUAACCAAACUCAAUAUGACGUAGAACGUAAUGGUCAAAUGUGGUAUGGAUCCAAAGAUAGCUGCGUUUCUGUGAAAAGCCGUGAUGAAAGUAUCAUGUUCCAGUCCAGGGAUCCCAUCAUGAAGCCGAAUGAGACCAAGGAUAAAAAAUUAGAAUCCAAAGGAGGAGGUCACGGUCAUGGUAUCUCAGUGGAACAUCCGACGUCGUAUUUGGAAACACUCAUGCAUGUUUUCAAAGGGAAUGUUGGAUCUGGAAUUUUCGCUAUGGGGGAUGCUAUGAAAAAUGCUGGAAUAAUCUUCGGGCCGAUUGUUGUUCUUAUUCUUGGUUUUAUUUGUGUCCACUGCCAACAUCUUCUGCUACAAACAGCCAAGACAUUGACAGAAAAACAUCAAGUGAAAGUAUCUCCGGACUUCGCAGAGACUGUUGAACUCUGUUUCGAAAAAGGGCCAGCCAGAACAAGACAUAUUUCAGUUCUUAUGAGGAAAAUAGUUAAUGUAUUUAUCUGUAUAACGCAACUGGGAUUUUGUUGUGUAUACUUCGUUUUCAUAUCAGAGAACAUCAAACAGGUGGCAGAUUACCAUGGAUUCGAAUUAGAUAUUCAUAUACAUAUGAUUAUAAUUUUAGUACCCAUCCUAUUACCCUGUCUGGUGAGAAAUCUCAAGUACUUGGCUCCUUUCUCCACUUUAGCAAAUGUUCUGAUGAUAAGUGGUAUUAUUAUUGUAUUAUAUUAUGCAUCUCAGGACCUGCCCAGUAUUUCAGAGAGGACGUAUGUUGCCGGGUUUGAUACAAUACCAUUAUUCUUCGGGACAGCAAUUUUUGCAUUCGAAGGAAUCGGCUUAGUUUUGCCACUACAAAACGAAAUGAAAGAACCAGAAAAUUUCAAAAAACCAUUUGGGGUUCUGAAUGUCGGUAUGACCGUCGUCACAACUCUAUACAUAGUAGUCGGUUUUCUGUCCUAUCUGAAAUUUGGAGACGAUAUAAAAGGAAGUGUGACCUUGAACCUUCCACAAGAUAUAGUAUUAUACCAAUCCGUUAAGAUUGUGAUAUCAAUAGGAAUCCUGCUGACAUAUGCUCUUCAACUCUAUAUUGCUGUUGGAAUCAUGUGGCCUAAUGUUCUUCAUAUAAUCGGACCGACGAAGUAUCCAAUUUUUGCAGAAUUAUCUUUCAGAUCAGCACUUGUUUUUCUAACAUUUAUUUUGGCCGAAGCUAUACCAUUUCUCGGACUCUUCAUUUCUUUGGUUGGUGCGGUCAGUAGCACAGCGUUGGCUCUUCUGCUUCCUCCUAUAUUGAACCUUAUUACAAGAUACACAGAAAACGAUCUUCCUGUAUGGAUCAUUAUCAAAGACGUCUUCAUUCUAAUUCUUGGCUUCCUAGGGAUGAUCACUGGUGGAUUUGAAAGUAUAACCUCAAUUGUGAGAGCGUUUGGCAAAAAUUGAAGAGCGCCAUAUCGAGUACUUCAUGGAGUGUUCAAAAAUGUUCCAUUCACAAGAAGCUAUUUUCGUCAUACAAACAUUAUCUUUUGCUAUCAGAGCAGCUUUUACUACAUCUACCGAUAUCAGUGAAGAAACUGUCAACAUGUUACUCAUUGAAGAAAAUUGUAUUUCUUGAGAUAUGUAAGAGGAUUUUUUGAUACAGGGAAACAUCUGACACCUUUUCAACAAUCAAAUGGAAGUAAGCUGGAUAGCAGGGAUUUUUUAAUCAGUUGAUCGUUAGUUCACUACAAACGAGAAGAACGAAAUGUAAUAAUUUAUAAUUUGAUAUACUUAUCUGUGAUAAAUGUUUCUUUAAAAAAUGUCGAUAUUUCAUCAGCUCCAUUAGAAAAAUAACGUAACUGUCAUCAGUUCAACUCACAUACAUGAAAAACUCAUCGAAUUGAAAUCAUUCAUCGAUCAAAAGGUUUCUUAAAAAUUUCAUAUCGAAAGCUACCAUAUUUGGUAAGGAACAUAAACAUGUUCCUUACCAUGCAUUACUAUAAAACAGUACAUCAAUUAUUUUUUCUACCACUGUUAUUUAUUCAUUCUUUCAUCCACAUUGAUGAAUGUUCUUUUUAGUCUGCAUGAAAUGAAGUUGAAUUAUAUAACAUUAUUCUGGAUUACUGCAAAUCACUGAUUGAAGUAUGUGGGAGUCCUUGGCAUUUGUACCUUUAUGACAAGUAGAUUGUGUAAAAUAUUUUUAUUGUAAAUAAAAUUCAAGCAUACCGUCCAAAUGAAA